GCAUCACAAAGGGAGUCAAUUUUUGGUUAGCUCAGCGGACGAGAGCGCCACCAUGUUUCCCUCGAGUCUGGCUCAAAAACACCCCUCGCCGAUAUGCUAUCUCCUUGUCAGCGUGUGCCUCGCGUCCUUGCCGUUUACCGGGGCCAAGCAAGACAGCCUCCGGGAAGUCACGGACAGCAACUGGGAGGACAUCCUGACCGGAGAGUGGAUGAUUGAAUUCUAUGCACCCUGGUGUCCAGCCUGCCAGCACCUGCAACCGGUGUGGAAGGAGUUUGCUGAAUGGGGGGAGGACAUGGGUGUGAACAUCGCCAAGGUGGACGUGACGGAGCAACCGGGUCUUAGUGGGAGAUUCAUCAUUACGUCACUUCCAACUAUUUACCAUUGCAAAGAUGGCGUCUUCCGCAAAUACCAGGGCGCACGCACCAAGGACGAAUUCCUCAGCUUUGUGGACGAGAAGAAGUGGAGUACGGUGGAGCCGGUCUCCUCCUGGUUCGCUCCCUCGUCUAUUUUAAUGAACUCCAUGUCUGCUCUCUUCAAGCUCUCCAUGUUCAUCCGGCGUUGUCAUAACUACAUGACGGAGCAACUGGGCAUUCCCGUGUGGGGCUCGUACGUCAUCUUUGGCCUGGCCACACUCUUCUCCGGCCUCGCUCUUGGACUGCUGCUGGUGUUUAUCGCCGAUUUUGUCUUCCCGUCUCGACGAUUCUCUCCGGGCUACUAUCAGAAGAAAGAAGCCGGGGACCAGGCGUGGCUCCAACAGCAGCAGGAGGAGGAGGAGCGCGAAGCCGACGGCGAGGAGGAGGACGACGACGACGACGAAGAGGAGGAGGAGGAGAAGGACGACGAGGCGUGGCGGAUGCGACAACGCCUCGCCGCCACCCUCGAGGGCCAGCCCAAGACGGGACACGCCGUUCGGAAGCGGGCAGUGCCCGGACGUAUACAGCAAAAUGAGGAUGAAGAGGAGGAGGAGGAGGAGGAGGACACUUAGAAGGGCAGAGUGGAGCAGCAUGUUGUGUCUUGAGUGGGAGGAACCUCGCGCUUCCAACAACGUUUACAACACGACUCUCUUCCUCCUCCCUUUCCCCCCCCCUCUUCCUCUUCGGGAACAGAACUUGAGCGUUGGGAGGUCCGUGGAGCCGUUGGGAGUUUGCGGUGUUCUUUUAUCAGCUAUGCAUCCUUUUCUUUCUUUUUCUAUUUUAUUAUGUUUUUAAAUAACGGUUUCAUCUGAUGUACAUAGAUGUCAUUUGUCCCUGUAACAAUGUUUGACGAGUGCAGUGUUAGCCAAAGUUAGGCUUGCAAAAUUCUAGGAACUUUUUCAAAGAUGGGAAAUUUUCAUGGAAAGUACCAGGAAUUUAAUUGGGAAUAAAUGAGGACUUUACAGAAA